AUGCGAACAAAUCGUCGUAAUACCAACAACAAAAAUGAAAAUAUCACCUAUCUCCUACCGUAUAUCGAUGUGAUGAAGAGAAAUCAGGCCAAAAAAUCUCCGACAAUAACAAUUAACAAGUAUAAUACAAGUCGCGUCCUGACACCACGUCAUCGUUUGAAAAUCGCCACUUGGAAUGUCCGUGCCGGUUUUCAAAUUGGAAGUCGUGAAAUAAUCGUUCGCGAAUUAUAUCGUUAUGGAAUCUCUAUCACUGCACUAUCUGAACUACGGUUAAUAGGAUCAGGAAGUAUGCGUGCCCGAGUCCCAAAUAGCGACGACUAUAUGGUGCUAUGCUACUGUGGUGUUGAGAAACGCAUGGAAGGAGUUAGCUAUGCAGUGGACCGAACAAUAUCUCAAAGUUUAACCGCCUUUCAACCAAUUUCAAGUCGUCUUGCAAUUUUGUCACUCUAUGGAACAAUAAAUAGGCAUAUCAUUGCUGUUUAUGCCCCGACUGAAGUCAGUUCCGACGAGUCCAAAGAUGAAUUGUAUAUAAAAUUGCAGGAGGUAUUAGAUACGCUACCCAGGAAGGACCUGAUUCUCAUUGCUGGCGAUCUUAAUGCACAAGUUGGAAGUAACCGACCAGAUUGGGAAGAUGUACAUGGCAAUUACGGUAUUGGCAACAUGGAUGGCAAUGGUCUACGUUUACUAUCCUUCGCUGCAGCAAAUGAGCUAAUCAUCGGAAACCGUCUAUUUCGCCAUCCACGAAAACUUCACCUAUGGACGUUCGUACAAUGA